GCCCCCGCGGUUUAAAUGCCGCCCCCCGCGCCCGGCGCCGCCAGAGAGGGGAGCGCUGGCCCGGCCGCCGCUGCGCUGCCGCCAUGGACUGACCGCCCGCCCCGCACGGCCCCGCACCGCCUGCCACGAGCCGACACCAUGAACCAGCUGAUCCUUUGCACGCUGCUCCUCUUGGCCCGUGGGGAGCUGGCCGGGGCAUGCCCUGCGGGCUGCCAGUGCCAUGACCCCAAGACCAUCCUGUGUGCGGCCAGGCGGGGCCCGACGGUGCCCCAGGGGCUGCCCCCCAGCACCCUCUCCCUCUACGUCUUUGAGAACGGCAUCACGACGCUCAGUGAGGACAGCUUUGCAGGGCUGCCUGCCCUCCAGCUCCUGGACCUCUCGCAAAACAAGAUCACCAGCAUCCAGAGAAACAUCUUCCAGCCCCUGACGGAGCUCGUCAACUUGGACCUGUCCUCCAACCAGCUGCAGGAGAUCACCAAUGAGACCUUCCAUGGGCUGCGGCUGCUGGAACGGCUCUACCUGCAGAGGAACAGCAUCCAGCACAUCCAUGCUGCUGCCUUUGACACGCUGGAGAAUCUGCUGGAGCUAAAGCUGCAGAACAACCUGCUCAGGGCUGUGCCCCCCCUAGACCUGCCCAACCUCCUGCUGCUGGACAUCAGCUGGAACAAGAUCCCUGACAUUGCACCAGGGGCUUUCCAUGCCGUCAGCAUUGAGUCCCUGAAGAUCGCAGGGCUGGGCCUGACGAGCUUAAACGAGGAGCUCUUCCAGGUCCAAAACAACCUCCACGAGCUGGACGUCUCUGACAACCUGCUGGAGCGCGUCCCGGCGGUGCUGCGGCGGCUGGGCAGCCUCACCAGGCUCAGCCUGGCCGGCAACGCCCGCAUCUCCCAGCUGCCGGCUGAGGACUUCCAGAGCCUCCACAACCUGCAGGAGCUGGACAUCAGCAACCUCAACAUCAACACCAUCCCUCGGGAUUUCUCCAGCUUUUUCCCCAGGCUGCGGGCCAUGACGGCUGCCGGCAACCCCUUCAACUGCAUCUGCCAGAUGAGCUGGCUGGUGCAGUGGGUGAACGCCAGCGGGGUGGUCCUGCGGCGCCCUGAGGAGACGCGCUGCCACUUCCCCCCCAAAAACUCCGGCAAGCUCCUCCACCACCUGCAAUACACUGACUUUGGCUGUCCCACCACCACCCCCACACCCACCACGCCCCGCACCACCACGCUGCCACCGCCUGCGCCGCUGCCCAGCACCCACCGCCCGCCGCCGCCCCCCAGCACCGCCGCACCCACCCCGAGGCCCAGAGACCCCCAGGACAGCUCCACGUUGGUGCCCUUCAGCGGUGCCCUGGCCCCCAGCAGCGCCCCAGCGCCCAUCUGUCCCCCCCGCACAUGCCUGAACGGCGGCACCUGCCACCUGGGUGCCCAGAACCUCCUGGAGUGCCUGUGCCCUGCGGGCUUUGCCGGCGUGUACUGCGAGGUGGAGGCGAGGGGAACAACGCCAGCCCCGGGCACCCCAGCCCUGCCACCCGCACAGCGGGUCAGCAUCGCCCAGGUGGGCAGCACCUCCCUCAAAGUGGACCUGCACAGCUACGUCCAGUCCAAGGCGCAGCUGAAGGGCAUCCGCCUAAGCUACCGGAACCUGUCGGGGCCGGACAAGCGGCCGGUGAUGCUGCGCCUGCCGGCCUCGCUCUCCGAGUACACGGUGCGGGCGCUGAAACCCAACUGCACCUACCGCGUCUGCAUUGGGGCGCUGGGGGAGGUCUCCAGGGAGGAGCAGUGCGCCGAGGCGCACACCCUGCCCCUCAGCCUGCAGCAGCACUCCCCCGUCACCCAGAGCCAGGAGCCCAACCUCGCCCUCAUCCUGGUCCCCGCGCUGGCCGCCGCGCUGCUGCUGGUGGUGGUGGUCAGCGCCACCAUGUACUACCGCCGGCACCGCCGCGCCAAGGCGCACGCCGGCGCUGGGGUAGACACCGGGCCCCUGGAGCUGGAAGGGGUGAAAGCCUGCCUGGAAAACGGGGAUUUGAGCAGCCACGGCUGCAAGGUGCCAGAGGCAGCGAUGCUUUCUGGCGGCUCUGAGUGCGAGGUGCUGCUCAUGCAGUCGCACUACCCCAGCAACAACAACACCCCGGGGCUCAAACCCUCCUACUUCUGAACCCACAGGGCUUCCAGAGCCUUGGGCACAGGAGGGCUGAGCUCCAGUGGCAGCACCUGGCCACAUCCCUCUGGGAUACGGAUUGCCAAGGAGCUGACUGAAUUGAGGCAGAACCCCCCCAGUCCCACAGUGUGCAAUUUCUGAGAGGCUGCCAUGCUUCGGGAGGAGACAUGAAUUUUACUGCCCUGUGCCUUGAUUUCUGUGACUCUACCUAGAACGUGGGUAGCAGACAAGGGGGGGUUAAUUUGGGGGUUGGGGGGGCUUUUUUUAGCUCCUGCUAAAGAGCAAGCUGCUGUGGCUUGGCUGAGGGGCGCCCACGUGCUGGUAACAAGGGUCCUUCAGUGGAGCAUGGCCCGUGACUCGACUCCCUGGAAGCUGAUGUGAGCAGUACGGCCUGGCCGAGGUGCUGGGACCCUCGGGACCCCCGGGCCAAAGAAAUGCCGAGCAGGCAAACCGGGAAUUGAAGCUUUAAGAACUCAGAGAGAAUAUUUAUACACCGUUAUUUCCAUUUCUUCUGGGAAGACUUUUUUAAGUACAGGUUUGUGUACAUCUCUUUUGUAAGGCGGAUCAGAAGGGUGUCUUUUUGUAAAAAAAAAAAAAAACAAACCCAAAAUAAUUAAAGUAACAACAACAAAAAGUUCUGUGCAGCCCUGAGCACCUCAACAGGCACUGCCCGUCACAUGCAGGGGUGUGGGCAGCGUGGCGUGUCCCCUGCAGAGGAGCGGGAAGGUCAGCCGUGUCCUCCCGUUGUUGUUGGCGAGUGUGGGGAUGAGUCAGGGCAAGGGAGGAGAGAGUUUUCCCGACUCUGGGCGUUUUUACCCCCAGGGCGCUGCCCCCCACCUCGGGCGCUGCGGAUGCGUUCCCAAAACAGAGGCCACGGGAUUCAAGUCAGCCCCUGCCCUGCACAUCAUCCAGCCUGACUUCAUCCCUCCCCGCCUGCCAGAUGGCUCCGGGGCCAGCUGCAGGACAAACAGCCCAGCCCAACCUCCUGACGUCACCCGCGGCGGCACCGGGACCCCCAAAUCGCCCGUGACAAGUGUCAGCCUGCGUGGCCCCCAGGCUGGGAGCCGCAGCCAGAGCCCCCGCUGCCCGGCCCCAGGAACAGCCGGUUUUGUGCGCUGGCCCUGGCGGGGUGGGCUGCGAGCCGACGCUCGGCAGGUUCCCGCUGCCAAGUGGUUUCUGCUCCAACCCUCUGGUUUUAAUCGUUUUCCAAUCCUUUAUCUUUCGGGCUGGAAUUUUCCAGGUUGGGGCCCUGCCCGCCGAGGUAUGUUUGAUUUGGAGAGAAUGAGCACAGCGCGGGGCUGAAGCUGGGGGUCACCGCCGUGCCGCUCCGGGCCGGCCGCUCCGCCGCGGGACACGGCCCUGACCCCCGGCCCCUCGGUGCCGCUUGCCCGGGGCAGGGAGCGGCUCUGGAUGCAAUUAGGGGCGCGGGGCGUCGGCGGGGCCGUCUGGCACAGCCCCCCGGCUCCCAGGUGGGCUUCCGGCAGGGCUGGCUCCCAUUAGGGCCGGCGCAGCGGCAGGAGGGGCCCCUCGCCGGCGCGGGCGGCUCGUUGCGAUGGCCACGUUCGCCCGCUCAAAGGGCCCAUUGUGGUCCUCUCCCCACAGAUUUUUCAAAUUAACAUCCCAAAUUCCUCCCAAAAUUGCUGCUGUGUAAAUAUUUUCACUGCGAGCUUUGUAUAUUUUCCAGCCUCGCGAGGAGGAGAGAAGAAAAGUCCCUGGCGGAGCCGCGGCCUCGCGCCGGGUGCCCCCGGCCGGCCGCCGCCACAGCCCCCCGAGCCCGGCCAGCCCCGGGCGUGUCCCCGCGUUGGCACCGGCGUCAGGAGCCCUCCAGCCCCUCCUGGCCCCUCACUUUCCCCCUCUUUUGCCUCCAUGAUGUGCCCAGCCCCUAACAAAGCUGAUUUCCUCACUCUGAUUUCCUCACUCGCAAGUAGCUGGAGGUUUGCAGGGGACCCCCCAUCCCAAGUGUGUGCCUCAGCUGAUCCCAUUGCUCUGGAGGGGCUUCCAGCAGCUCCAGAGUGAGGGAGUCCAGCAGAGAGGCCAGGAAGGCAGAAGCAAAGUUAGGGCUCAGCUUUGGCAGGUGAAGCACCCCUGGGGGACACCUUGAGCCAAGGAGUUUGGGGUGCCAGCUUCACAAGGGGGACAGCAGGGCUCAGCCUUGGCACAGAGGUGAUGGGGACACUGCGGCCAGGGCAGGGUUUGGCCCCCACCCACACCCACAUCUGCACCCGGGCAGCUCUGCGGGAGAGCAGCAGUGCCCAAAAUGGGACUGUCCAGCCCCUGUGGCUUCCUGAAUCCCAGCACAAAAUUCCCCUGGCCACUGGCAGCCCGGUCGUGCGCCAAGAGCCGCUCCGAGCGGCACAUCGUGCGGCGCUGCUAAUUCCUGUGAGCUGAAUCAGCGCCGACAAGGAUUGCAAAACCCCCUGAAAUGGACCCAAAAAAAAAAUCUCUCUCUGUGCGAUCCAGCGGGGCCGGUAAGCGAGAGCCCCGGCCAGAGCCACCGGCAGGAUGGGGGCUCGGCGGGGAGCCACAACGGGAGGAGCCGCCGGCUUCGCCGGGGCAAAUCCUGCCUGCACCCUGACGUGGCAAGGCUGGAGGGCUCUGGUCUCCCAAAAAAUCAUCCCUGGUCCCAGACAUGGCCCCACAGAAAGCAAAGACAGGUCUCCUGGAUCCCCCAGGUCCCCAUGUCUGGAGCAGAGUCCCAAGGGGUCAUGCCUUGGUGCCAGGGAUGCAGAUGCCCACUCUCUGGAGGGAGGACAGGCGUGUGCCCACCACACAGCCCCCAGUGCUGCCAGGAAGAGCUUUGGAGUUCAUCAUCUUCCUGGAAAGCUGGGAAGGCCAGGGAGCACCGUCUGGCCACCGAGGCUGUGGCUCAUCUGGGAGUGAUUUGGGCGCUGCCAUCCCGCCCUAGUGCUGGGCUAUUUUUACCCAGUGGAAUUACGGGACAGGCGACGUGGGCUGGGUGCUUGCCCCGCCUUAACCCCUUCAUGUGGCUGCCCAGUAGCCCCAUGGGGAUGGGUCCCACUGGAGUGACACCUGAUGGGGUGGGGUGGCCUCUCCGCUUCCUUGUGUCUGAGGGUGGCAGCCAAGCUGGGGCAGGAAAAACCCCUUUCCCACUGAUGGCAAGCACAUGUCAACCCAGGCACCUCUGGGAUCUGCGGGGGGACUGGGACAGGGACGGGCACAGGAAUUGACCUGUCCUGCUCAGGGUUCUUCCUGCUGGGAUGGGUUUUUUCUGAGACCCCCAAAACACCUAGCAUGACCCCAAAGGA